CCGGGGGUUUGCUUCCGCUACACACACUCAUAAAUUCUUCCCACCACCAAAAUCAAAUGCUACCAAACCAACCUUAACCGAAAAAUCUAACUAUUAGUACAAACCAAUCCACCGCCCUUUAAAAAAAAAAAAAAGAAAGCCACACUGCUCUAUAUAUACAGAUACUUACAUCAUCGGCAUUAAUAUUCAAAUCUAAAUGUUCUUAGGGUCUCUGCAGGAGUCCCAUUUGAUCUCUCACCUGAAAUUCGUUACUUGCUGUGGCAGUGUUUGACUAAAAAUUUUUUUAAAAAAAGAAAUAUAGAAGAAGAUGGAACUGGAGCAAAUUGGGGCGGAGAAGCCCCGGCCGAUGACCUACGAUGAGGCGUCAAUGGAGCGUAGCAAGAGCUUCGUCAAGGCUUUACAGGAACUCAAAAACCUGAGGCCUCAACUAUAUUCUGCUGCAGAAUAUUGUGAAAAGUCUUAUUUUCAUAGUGAGCAGAAGCAAAUGGUACUGGAUAACCUGAAAGAUUAUGCUGUACGAGCUCUUGUGAAUGCUGUUGAUCACUUGGGGACUGUUGCUUAUAAAUUGACUGACCUCCUUGAUCAACAUGCCAUGGAUAUUUCAUCAAUGGAGCUAAAAAUCACAUGUAUAAAUCAGCAACUUCUUACAUGCCAAACAUUCACGGAGAAAGAAGGCCUCAGGCAGCAGCAGUUAUUAGCAAUCAUUCCAAGGCAUCACAAGCAUUACACUUUGCCAAAUGCUGUUAACAAAAAGGUACACUUCAGCCCACAAAUUCGGAUGGAUCCGAGACAACAAGUUCAUGUAAAACCGCGUCUUUAUCCUUCAGGUACACCUGCAGCAAAAACUCUUUCAUGGCAUUUAGCUUCAGAAACCAAGUCUUCCUUGAAAGGAACUCAUCGAGCAUCUUUAAGUUCUGAGGACUCAAAAAGUUCUGGGAAAAGUUCCAUUGGGUUCAAUUUGUUAGAUGCUGAACAGAGUGGCAGGAUAAAGUCCCCAAAACCUCAUUCUCAAUUGCCGAGUGUGGGACCUGCUUCAACUGUAGCUAUAAAAACGCUAGGCAUCUCACGGCUGGAUGCCGUGGAAGGCUCAAAACCUAUGACUCCAUUUAGAUCUUUUGGUAACACAACUCGGCAGGAGAUUGUUCGGGUGCCUGCUCGGAGCAAGAGUGUACUAUCGGCCUUCUUUGUCAAGCAGAAGACGCAGAAACUGAAGGCCAGUGCUAUGUCAUAAAUUUGUACAUAAGGAGUUAAAAUGAAGUAUACAAACCACAGGAAGUCGUGCAUCAUCUCCUAUACUUCAUGGUGAUUGGGUUCUCCCCUGACCAUUUAUUGACUAACCAGACCAUUUACCUUUUGUCGUCCAAACCUUUGUUUCAAGCUGAAAGGUGUAUAUUUUUAGGAGGGAAAUGUUGAUUUUCUGCUUAGCAAGCAAAUGGCCCGGAACGAUCGUUGUAUACCUGAUGCUUGCAGAUUAAUGAAGCUUGGUGCUGAAUGCUGCACGGUGGCUUGCAAAUAAUCUCUGUUAUCUUCUAUAUUCACACGCAUUCAUUUUGUCCCUUGUUAGUUGUCCUUGUUAUUUUGAAGACUUACUAAAGAUACCGAUGUUACAGUGGAUCAUAUCUUACGGGAAAAAUAUGAAAGGCUGCUUAAAUACACUGAAUGUCAAGCAAAUUUGAACA